GUUUUUUUAUUUUGAUAAAAUGGAGGUUAUAGAAGAUGGAAAUAUUAUGGAUAGGAUUCCUAUUCUGUUGCAAAGAGAUUUUCAAUAUUAUCAGGAAAAGCAGACUGUUUUAUCGGAGAAAAUAUGCCAAGGUGUGGUUGGAGGGAGGUUGGAUUUUCCAAGAAAUGCAUCAUUUGCUGCUGUAAAAAUUGUUCUUUGGUUAGAAGAGGAAUUUCAAAUUGCAUUCAAUCGGGGAUCUGGAAUGUUCGUUAAAAUAGAUGGAGAGAAUCGUGUCGGUGGUGUUGUCAAGACAUCAGAUCCAGAAAAAUUUGUGCAAUUGGCUAUGAAGGCUGGUGAUUUUUUACUCGAACAUCUUCAUAUACUUGCACAAGAAGCACUCGACCACGCAGAUCUGCCAGUGUUAACAGCCACGCUGGGAGCCGCUGCAUUACUUAAAAAUACUUUUUUCUACUACGUCCAGCAUGUGGAAGAAAGUGGCAACACUGAAAGACAUUCACGUUUGCAGGCGUGUUACAAACGUUACGUGGCGAUGUCGGAAGCUGUAGGGGAGAGGGUGUUAGAUCUUCACAACCGAGUCCUGUCACUAUACAUUCUGCAAGAUGCUGGAGGUCGUCCUAUCGAGGGGCAGCAGUCCGUCGCUACAGGCACCCCCUCUGUGCAGGGAUGGUGGCUCUAUAUGAAUGGUAUUCGAAAAGAUUUAUGGGACACUGUACCUCCGAGAAUGGCCCAAAGAAUAUUUGCUGGAAUGCUCAAUGAAACGUUAACUAUUCUUACAGUCAGAUAUUGUCAGACAAACACAACAGAAUCAACAACACCCUUACUGUUAAACGACAUUCUCAACAUCUUACUGUGCGUGGCGCAACUCCUGCCUUGUAUCGGCGGCUGCGGCGCGGACGUGGCGGGGCUGGGGGCGGGGGUGGGGGCGGGGCCGGGGGCGGGGCAGCGCCACGUGCGCGACGUGCACGCUAAGUGCAGCGAAUUGUUCAAGUGUAUGAUAUUUAGGGGCGCUGAGUUGCAUUACUUAUAUCAAGUAUUUAAAGAAAAUGAUAAUGAAACAAUAGUAAAAGACUGUCCAAGUCCAUGGUAUACGUUCGUCAGUCCGAAUUUGUUCGACGAUUUCGAAAACUUCAACAUAAAUCAUACAAAAGAUCUACCGGAUAAGACUGCGAUUGCAUUAGAAUUGCUUGUAUUGUUAGCUCAACCGCAGCCAUCUUGGACUUUAUUAGUAAAAGUAUUGAUGAUGCGUGAAUGUCGUAUAGCACGUUUAUUAUUGUGCCACGGUGUACGUAAAAUGUCGACAGAGAACGGGCGUUGGCCGGCCAACGGACUCUGGUAUUCACACGAACGAAAUAAAUGUGACGGUUUUUUGUGUACCGCUGAUGGAUUUUGUACACACAAAAGUGAUGAUACCGCGGAUGUAGAAUACGCUCGUGGCGUGGGGGCGCUGACGAACAUACUGGCCACAGUGGGCAGUAGAGCCGAGCUCAAGUCCACUCUGUGUCACGCUUUAGAACUCUCUGGUCGGGACUGGGCUUCGUGUUUAGAUAAACGUCAAGUAUGGUGUGACCGGCGGCCGCCAUGGUUGGCCGGUGUAUUGGCCAUUGUUGGCACUUCGCUGCAGUUCGUGCCGCCAAUAUUAGUGAAUGCGGUCCAAAGUGGAGCCUCCAUGUAUCAGACAAUGUCUCUCUGUUUGAGUUGCAUCUCGCGGUCGCUGGACUGCGUACCGCGGUGCGUCAGUACAGCGGCUGACGUCAUAGAGCGCUCGUUGCCAGGCAACGUGAGUCCAGUCGGCGGCUGCGUGCUGCUGCAGAUGUUACUCACCGUCUUGUACGAGGAACUGCAGAAAUGGGCCAAGAAGGAACUCGUUAAAGAGAAAACAGUUGGUAACGGCGAAGCGCAUAAUUUAAACGCAAAACAAAACAGAGCCAAAGUGAAACAUGUCAGAAUAAGGACUCUCGCUACCGCAAAUCCGUCCAGUUCUGUGAGUUUCGAUGCGGCGCACAGUUCGCCGUCCUCCAUAGCGCUGGCGGUGGCGGAGGCGAUCUGCUCUAUAGAUGAAGAUAAUAAACAUACACAGGAAAUACAGAAUAUAGUAGAAUUAACUAAACGAAAUUUUAAACUAUCCGACCAGUUCGGUUUGGAAGAUUUUCCCGAGUUUGCGGUGUUUUUUGAAGAGGGUAGCGUGCCCGCCAGUAACGCGGAGCGGGACAGCGACGCCGCCAUCUUGACUAACCAAAUAUUGAUGACGUCAUCAGGACGCGAUAGUCUUAGAGUUAUGUACAAUCACCUGCAACUACAUUCAGAGUGGAUAUACAACGAACUAGGUGUGCGGGAGUCCUGUGACGUAGAUAUUCCACUGGCUUCCGCGCCUCUCCUCUACCUAAUGUUUCACAUCGGACGAAGACCAUUCGAUCAGUUCCUUAGAGGGGAGUGGUCGAUGCCGUGGCGGCGGCUGGUGCGCGCGGCGAGCGCGGGCGCGCACACCGCGGACACGCAUCUCAGCAGACGAACAGACGGUCCCACACACGGAAAAUGCAAACAAUUACUCGAAUUAUACAAAACAUUUAAACCACAAGGACUUCUGUGAAUAUUUAGCUUCUUAACCCUUAACAAUUAUGCAUGAUUUUUCUUUUUAACUACCCUAAAUUGAAACGGGUAGAUUGAACAUAUAUCAAGGGAUUUUUUUUAAAAUAAAUAUGU